GUUUAUUAAACUGUGACCCUCAUGCAUACCUUUGUGACACUGUUGUGAUCUAUAUCUUGUGGAGAUGACAAUUGGUAGUCUAAGAGUAUGUUUGCUACUUCUUCAGCUGCCUGUAGUGGCUCAGUGCCUGUCAGUUUAGUUCUCAAUAAAGCCAAGGGAAAAAAACAAAGAGAAGCUCCAAGACUCACACUUUCAAACCUAGUGUCUGCUCUGAAAAGUGUUGAAAACAGAUGGAAUGAUUUGGGUGCUGAUCUGCGAUUCCCUGAAGCAGUAUUGCAAAGUAUCGAGAAGCAGAAUUGCUCCUCACUAGAGAGAUUAACAGCUGUUCUCAAGCAUUUUCUCCAACUACAUCCAUUUGCUUCUUGGCGAAGGAUCAUUCGAGCUCUUGAAAGGCUGGAAGAGAAUGGGAUAGUUAAGCACAUUAAAACUUAUUCUGAGCACAUUUUAGACCCAAGUCUUACUGUUGAGAAUGUUGCUAGAGUGAUUGCAGCUACCACUGAUGAUUGGGCAGAUGAUGUAUAUACUUAUCAUCUGGCAGGAGAGCUUAUGGUGCCAAUCACUAUACAAGAUAGAAUUAAGAAACAAUACUCCUCUGUUAAAGAUCAACAAACUUCUCUAGCCAAGUACUGGGUGAGAAUGCUUUUCAAUGCUUCAUGGUCUACUCUAGCUGGAGCAUUGCAUUUCCUGAAGGAAAAGGAAGCUCUUGCCAUUUGUGUGAAGGAUUACCUUGACAUUGAGAAUGAUGAAACCCUAACAAUGGAAAAUUUACUAGCCGCGUUUGAGGGUGUGACAAAAUGGGAUGAAAUUGGAUAUCGGCUAAGGGUACCUACAACCCAACAGAAUGAGAUUAGAUCAUCUUUUCAAACAGACGAUGAGAAAAAAGAAGCUAUUUUAAAUCAUUUUCUUCAACACAACCCAUCUCCCACCUGGAGAGAAGCUGCAUUAGCUUUGUAUAGAAUGAGGCACCAUGAUUUAGUCAAGACCCUAUACGAGAAGAAAUAUCUUAUUGCACCGGAGGAUCAAAGGCUACUGGACAUAUUCAAUUAUACAGUGAAGCAAAGAGGAUACUUAAAUCAGACUAUAAUGCAAGCAACGAUACAAGGAAAUGCCCGGUCUGGAAAGACGUCGUUAAUCAAGGUUCUACAGGGGAAACAUGCUUGCCCUGUUGAACCAAGUACUGCUGUAAUGGAAGAAUCAGCGCGUAUAGAGCUAAGCCAGUCUACUGUGCUUGUUGAAGGUAUUCUCUGGACUCCAAUCGAAGAUUUGCAUGAAGAAGCUAACCUUGUUGUGCGUGAGGUGAUGACUGCUGAGCAGCUUCAAUCGAAUAAUGCCAAUGAAGAUGACGAAGACAAUAUUAUCAUUGCAGACACUAUUGGAGAAUCAGUUUAUCCUGGAACAGUAACUUCUAUGGUUGAUUCAGAAUUACCCACUAGGAAUACAACCAGCACUAUCAAAACCUUCAACAGUAGUCUCUUCACUGAAACAUUUGAGCAAGGUCCAGAUAAUUCUUCAAUAUUGAAUUUAUUCAAACUUGCCAUUAAGAAAGCAAAACUCGAAAUGACAAUGAUUAAGGACCCAUGGACUCUAUACAUUUCAGAUAUAGGUGGCCAGCUUGAAUUCCAAGAACUGGUGCCAGCACUAACAAAUGGCCCUAGCCUUCAUAUUAUAGUCAUUGCUGCUCACUGGGGUCUCAACAACAAGUGUCCAAUUGAGUACUUACACAAAAAUGGACAGUCUGCCGUAUCAUAUAAAGCAAACUAUACGGUAAAAGAAAAUGUUCUGUUAACUCUGGCAACGAUAAUGUCUACAGGACAACACAAGCAACUUCCUAAAGCAAUGUUUGUCAUUACGUUUAAAGAUUUGGUUACUGUAGAGGAACUACUUGUAAUGGAUGAAGAGCUACAAAGAACUGUGAAAUGCACUGAAGCAUACCGCUCUGGAGUGAUUGAGUUUGCCACAGAAUCACACUUGUGUCAUACCAUUAAUAAUUUAAUUCCAGAUACAGAUGACAUUGCAUGUAUCCGUAAGACUGUGGAAAGAAUAGGAAUGCGAAAUGAUGAUUACCAAGUUCGAACUCCCUACACUUGGCUUUGCUUUAGUCUUGCUCUACGCCGUAUAAAGAAUAGAGUGCUGCACUAUUCAACUUGUGUGGAAGCUGGAAAACAAUGUGGGAUUGAAUCGAUUGAAGAAUUGAAUGCUGCACUGAGAUUCCUGCAUUACAACAUUGGUGUAAUUCGGUACUUCAGUGAUGUUCCUGAAUUAUCAGACAUUGUUAUAAAAGAUCCCCAGAUGUUGUUUGACUGUGUUACAGAAUUGGUUCUCAAUACUUUCACUUUUGAUCGUGUUAAUUAUUCUACUAAAGAAGAUUUCGAGAAGAAAGGAUUGUUUCCAGUUGAAAUGGUUAGCAAAGUGUCUACCAAUUCAGAGCUUUUUACAAACCAAAAAUUGAUCGCUUUUCUGAUGUACCAUCACAUAAUUGCACCAUUGGAGAAAGAUGGUGAAACCGUAAAAUAUUUUUUGCCUUGCUCUCUUGUUCAUGCUGAAAUUUUUGAAAAUGAUGCUUCCUUUAAUGUACUCCCUCCAAUGGUGAUCAUUUUUGAUACUGGGUACACUCCACGCGGCAUUUUUGGAUUUUUAGUGAGUGAUAUUCUAACUGACAAGGGUCAUGAGAUAAAAAUCGUGUUGGAUGUAGAUUGUAUUUAUCGUGACCAGCUAACAGUGUCUGUAGGUCCUUACGUAGACAAAUUUUACUUCUCCCUCCAUGCAACGUAUAUAAAGAUUGAUGUGCAGCCUUCGAAAAUCGAACGAAAAUUUCCCUUUGGAGAAAUUUGCUGCUAUGUUCGGAAUCGUGUGGUUGAAGCAUUGACUGACAUUGUUAGCAAGUUGAAUUACAAUUGUAAAGCCACUCACUCUUUAGCAUUCCUCUGUCCUGACAAAUGCCAUGGAGAACAAGUUCAUGCAGCAACCAUAUUGUUUUAUCGGGGGGAGAUGCAGGCUUUAAAGUGUAUCAUUAGCAAGAAUGCAAAAGCACUCCCAAAAGGUCAUGAAGUGUGGUUCAAUGAGGAUGUGUGUAUUUCUACGAGUAGAAAAAGACCAGCUUCAGAAGUUGCUUUACCAUGCUCCAAACGUGUUGAAUAUGACUACUCGGAAUUACAUUUAUCUUCAACCAAGUACUGGGACGGCCACAAAAGUACCUCAGAUUGUCUGACAGUUAGUCAGCUGCCUUUAUUACGGGUCUGCAUUUGGAGAGCCAGAGUGGAGUGGGAAAACAUAGGUACUGCUCUACACAUCGAUUCAUCUAUAUUGAAAGCAAUUGGAUUGAGGAACCAUUACAAACCUGAGGAAUGCUUCACUGAGGUCCUCUACUACUGGCUAUGUCAGGAGCCUCCACCUACCUUGAACGUCCUUAAGAAGUGUAUGAUGUCACUUUCUCUGAGAGAAAGUUGUCCUCGACUGGAUGAAGAUUUGGAGAGAAAUUUUAAUCAGUUUGAGCUUUCAUGCCCAGACACUUCUGCGAUGGAUGAAACGUUUCAACUUGCACCUAGCCAUCUGAAAAUCAUCGUCAAUACUGUUUGGAGGGCCAGAGUAAAAUGGUUUGACAUCGGUAUUUUUUUGCUGAAUGAUGUACCCGCCUUGGAAUGUAUCCGGACUAAGUGCCAUCAUGACCCAGACGAAUGUGUAAGAGAAAUGUUCAGCUGCUGGUUGAGUGGGGGUUGUGCAAAUCUUCGAGACCUCAAGAAUAGUGUGCAAUCACUGCCUGUGCGGGAGAAUUAUCCUGGUCUCGGAAGAGAUUUGGAAAAUGCUCUGCUGAAACAGCUAGAUCCCAGUGUUCCUCAGAAAACCAUCAGUAUGAUUAUGUCAAUGAGCCUUCGACUAAUGAAAAGGAGCUAAAGAUUAAGAGCAGCCACGAUGUGCUCACAGAGGACUCCAAACUCAGUGCUCAAUCGGCUGUCGACCAAUCAGAAUUGAGGUGGUGAGGAGAAGUCUUCAAGAAGGAGGCUGAAGCCCAAGAGGAAGUCGCACAAGCACAGCUCUGACAGGAAGCACGAGAAGCACGAGAAACACCAACACAAAUCGUCCAACAAGAAGAAGAAGAAACACUCCUCACAUACACAAUCAUUGACUUUACCGCUGUUCGUAUAGUACAGUCACAUGUUCACCUUGGUAUUAUAAGUUUAUGUUAUACCCACUCCAAUCCAAGCUAUAUCCACUGAAUUGUCUGAUCAUGGAAUUGGCAUGACUCUGAGUCUGAUAAACACAAUGAUAAUUAUACAAUACAAGUAUAAUUAUAGUUUUAAGGGUACAUCGUAAUAUAUAGCCCAUGCAUGAUCUCCCAUGCCCCGACUAAUUCACACUCGUUUAUUCUUGACAAUUUUAUUCAAUCAUGAAUUUAUCAUACGUUUACAUAGAGAGUAGAGACACGUAUACAGUUAUAGUGCUAGAAAUAAAUUGUACUCCUGACACAAUGCCAAUGCCAUACAUUUCACACAAUUUAUGAGGAAGUUCAUUGAAAACGAAAUAGUGAUCUUACAUCUUCCACUUGGUCAAGAUAUUGCAUUUGCCUUAAAUACAUUUGUCUUGAUGUUCGAACAGACUUCACUGAUCCACAUAUUCCUUUCGCAUCUAGCAGUGGCUGUGAUUGUUGUCCAGGCAUAUAUUUACAUAUCACAUAACACUCACAGAGAUGACGAAAAUUACUCAAUUCAGAGUUAACAAAAUGAUCAGCAUCUGUCAUACUCAGGCACAGGUGUGUCAGAGAUUGAGAUUGAGAGAGGGCUUUAAAAACUUCUGACUGAGCAGUGAUUUCUAAGCAAGGUAUAACACAAUAGAUACAAAUUUUUUUCAAAGAAGAGUAACACUCUGGGUCCGUGGGUAAAGUCAAUUGCGGUAAACUAUCCUGUGAUCUAAUGGCCAUAUAAGUGAGAGACGGAAGAUUUGGUAGGAUAUUGGUAAGAUCGACUGUUCCGUUUGAGUUGGUUAGGAUUCUUAAGUGCUGCACCCGUACCAGAGCUGGCAAAAGCAUUUCAAAAUCAAGCGGAAGGGGUUUGUGAACAUUCCGACUAUAGUCAAUUUCAAGUGAAAACAAAUUCAUCCGUACUACACUAAGGCGAAUACGAGAACGACUUUGCACGUCAAACGGGGGUAAGUGGGACACACGUUCACCGAUAGUACUUGGAGGUGUAACACUUCUGUCAGGAACACACAAGCAAUUCCUUAAUGCCAAAUGGCGAAGUUUCUUCAUCACUGCUAGCACUUCCCAGAGAGAGGCCACACUUUCGACUUUGUGAAUACCUUUGAGAUUCAGAGCAACCAAUCCUGAGCAAUUUGAGCUAAUGUCAGCCAAUCCUUGCAGAUUGAGAAGGGCAUUCUCACAACCACUCAUAUCAAAACAGACCAGGUUGGGACAAGACUCAGAGAGCAACGUAAGAUCAGUAGAAGAUAGCUCCUUUAAUCCAGCCAAAGAGAGGUAUUUGAUGCUGGGGGGUAAAAAUGAGACAGUGAGGCCGGGUGAAGGGAUGCCUGAUUUGUACACUAUUGCACUAACAGGAUCAUUACUUGGAGAUAGAACCAAUGAACACGAGGCAGGACAAGAUGAGCAAACUGAUUUAGCAGGGCAUGUCACAAUUUCGACGCUCGGAUGUAAUGACACCUUUAGGAUUGGGUAUUUAUUUAUCAUAUUUCCAGCAACUGGCGAACAAUUGGAAUAAAUUGAAAGAAGAGCUGGGUGGUCACAACUUGUUAGUUGGCCAAGGACAACUUCAAAGGAAAUGUAUGAAACACUAAACUCCAGAUUUGGCGGCAAAUAGUUAUUCUCCCUCCAAUGUUGAAUAGCUAGUGGUACAUUAUAUGCGGUACGAUCCUGAAAAUUAACUGUAGACGUUUCAGUAAUGCGUACUAUUUGAAGGUGCUGUAUCUUGGAGGCUGCACAAACGAUCUGGUUAACUUCAAGCUUUUGCCCCACUGAUACAUUGACAUAGUACAGAGAAGGCAGUGCAGAGAGCAGUUUUUCCAGCAUUGAGAGCGUUAUAGGCAUGCCAAUCAGUGAGAGAUAUCGGACUUGUUUACAGCUGUGGAUUUUGGGGAUAAACUUAGAAAGAGGAAAUUUUAGCGAGUUAGGAUUAUACGAUACGUAAAUAUUUUGAACAUAGGAACAAGACAGUCCCAACGAUAGCCUGAGAGCCUUGAAGUCCUCAUCUCUUCUGCGGCAGUCUUUCCACACCAGGGAGUUCCAGGCACGAGGGUCGCUGAGGAUGAAAUAGAAUCUCUUGCAGGAGAUACGGAGACACAGUUUCUCAUAGCCAGUCAGAGUGUCAGUUAUCUUGAUCAGUACCUCUGUGGGGAGACUGAGCAGGUCUUGAUCUUGAGGUUCCAUGAUCAGCCUUUUAGUGUCGAUCUGCGUUAUUUUAGAGACAAUUCGGUCCGGGAACAAGCUAUAGCAUGAGCUAGAGAUCCAUGAUCCAGUACAUGCAAUAGAGAGAGAGAGAUCAGCAGUGCAGUAUGAGCCAAAUUUAUGUCAAUGAGCCUCCGACUAAUGGAAAGGUUCUGAUAAAGACAACUCUAGGAGAUGUUGACGUGGAGUUGUGGUCCAAGGAGGCGCCUCUGGCUUGUCGAAACUUUGUGCAGCUGUGCAUGGAAGGCUACUACAAUGGAAAUAUCUUCCAUAGGAUAGUCAGCGAGUUUAUUGCGCUCAAACUGGUGACUCCACUGGAACUGGAGAGGGCGGGGAGUCCAUCUAUGGCCACACCUUCAAGGUGAGCUCUGCCGGUCCUUGUUUGUGGCUUGAUUUAAAAAGUGAACAGUGACUCUUCUUGAACUUGAAUUAUCGUCUGCCUUCAUCAGAAGUAUACACAUACUGUAUAUUUUCAUCCCUCUGUUUGUUUGUUUAUCGGCCAGGAUAAGUUUCAUUCUCGGCUGAGGUUUAAGCGGCGAGGGCUGGUGGGGAUGGUUAACGCUAGCAAAAACGACAAUAGCAGUCAGUUUUUCUUCACUCUGGGCAGAGCACACAAGCUCACUAACAAACACACUCUCUUUGGCAAGGUGAGUUGGUGGGUACACAGCUUUGAGUGGUGUAAAGUUAAAACUGGGUCCCAAUAAAGCGGCACUCUUUGGUAUGGGGAAGAGGGCCUUCUGGGAUCAGUGUGAGGUCACAGAUUGUGUAACGAGAGAGUGCCUUAGUUACUGUGGCAUAGUACACGUAUGCUACAUGUAGGUCCGAACAUGACAGUUUACAUGUGCAUGCACCUGCUUCUGUUAGCUGGGUACAGCUGUUUCUUGUUUGUGUGUAGGUGUCUGGUCCCACACAGUACAAUAUACUUUGUCUAAACGAGGUACCCUCGAACAAGGAAGACCAUCCCCUCGACCCUGUGCCCAAGAUUCUCAAGACCGACGACAUUGUUCUGCGAGUAGACCCAAGAAAGCUGAACAAGACGAGGGAGAAGACAAAAACCAGUCAAAAGCAACAAAGAGUUAAAGAUUAAGAGCAGCCACGAUGUGCUCACAAAGGACUCUAAACUCAGCGCUCAACCGGCUGUCAACCAAUCAGAAUUGAGGUGGUGAGGACGGGUCUUCAAGAAGGAAGCUGAAGCACAAGAGGAAGUCGCACAAGCACAGCUCUGACAGGAAGCACGAGAAGCACCAACACAAAUCGUCCAACAAAUCGUCCAACAAGAAGAAGAAGAAACACUCCUCACAUACACAAUCAUUGACUUUACCGCUCUUCGUAUAGUACACUCACAUGUUCACCUUGGUAUACCCACUCCAAUCCAAGCUAUAUCCACUGAA